AGUGAGAGCAGAGGUCGCCGCUCGGUAUACGUGACCGUCACUGACGGCCGGACCCCACCUGCGGUCCAGCUCAGCGCCGCAUUAGCCGCGUCUCAGCUCAAGUGCUCUCCGCGGGUGUUCCCUCUCCUGUGAGCAGUCUGGGUAUUAGCGGCCAUAAAUUACCUGCGGCCCGCACCAGUGUCGGAUUACCACCUCGUGUCGGAUUACCACGAGGUGCUAAUCCGCCGACAGGGUCUCAUUAUGGACCAGGGGUGUCCCGUGGUGCGGCCACCUCAUCUCUCCAUAACCGGCACUAAUCCGGUGACUGGCUCGGCUCCGGAGUCCGCAGCGGUGACCGCAGUGCAGUGUUCGGUUACUCGCCUUCUCUGCGCCGGCGAGUGAGACAUCCACCCUGUCUGAGAGCCCGCCGAGCUCCCGCCGAGCAGUCGACACGCUCACACCUUCUCUGACACGCGCCUCGCCGACCCCCCGCUGUGCCAGUCGAGGUUCGCCGCUCCCACCGCCGAAGUGUCGUGAGAGCUCGCGGGCGCAGGCCGCAGCUCAGCCGGCCGGGAGUUUCAGUUGUCUGCCGCGUGGCGGCGCUAGCUGCACCUCCCACCUGAGCGGGGGGCGGGGUGCACGGAGGCGGGCCACGCGAGGCUCGUGCGGCAGACUGGCGUGUCGACGGCGGUGGGAAGCCAUGCGGGCUCCGCUCGACGGCCCCGUGAGCGAGGUGCGGUGUGGCUACAGUGAGAGGGGUGAGCAGGUGAUGGGUGAGACGGUGAGCUCGGCGAGUCAGAAAUAGUGAGACCGGUGCCGGAGUGGCUGCGAGCUGUGAGCAGUGUGAGGUCAACCGUGAACAGUGUGUGUGGGGUCAACUGUGUUGUGCUGUGAUACUGGGGAAAGGCUACAGUGUGCUGGCUAUUCCGAAAUACGACGGUCAGCCUGACAGUCAUCUACAUGAGGGAUAGUGACUGUGGCCUCUGCAUCAGUGCCACCCGUGAAACGACGGCUGUCAGCAGAACAGUGAAAAGUUCUGAAAUCUGAGUCGAGUCUGACAAAGCUUCAACCGCUAGUUUACGCGGUGGCAGCUCACCAAUAUCAGUAUCAAACCCUUGUCAAUCAGCUUUCGGCGAUAAAUCAUCAACCAAGCCGAAAGUCACCGCAGACGGUCGAACUCGAAUGUGAGGUGAAACUCUCCCAGGACACCGAUCACCCCGUCCCCGAGGGAAGUCACUGACAGGUCACGGAUAUCACCAGUGACCACUGCAGCGGCUGCGAUGCGCCGCUCCAUCUCGGAGGUGUGGCCGGUGGGUCUGUCCGGCCCGGUACCGCCGCGCUCCUCCUCUUUGCGUCGCUCUCUCUCGGAGGUCGCUGAAUGUGUGACCCCGUGCGGUGAUGAUACCGACGGGCCGACCUCCCUCCUGCCGGGAGGGGGUGAUGACGGCGAUGACGCCCGUGACCUGGUGAGACUGACGGCGUCAUCGGACGGCCCCAGUGCGACAGAGGCGGCGGAGAAGCUGGUGCACCUGUACCAGGUGGUGGAGAGGGUGACCAACAAGUGCUAUGUCUCCGACAGGAACGCCAACAAUACCGCUGAGAAGGACCUGGAGAACAAGUUCAGCUCGCUGGCGCUGGCCUUCAAGACGGAUCGACUCACCCUUCAGGAGCGUCUGGACGUGCAGCGGCGACACCGGGAUCAGGCGGAGCACAACCUGGAGCUGGAGACGCAGCGGUUCAGGGACCAGCUGAUGCAGCAGCUGAGUCAGUGUGAUGAGGACCGUCCUGCGCACCUCAAGUCCCUGCAGCGGCAGGUGGAGAUCUUCAAACAGAUCUCGCAGCGACUCUCCAGCACAGCAGAGGUGCUAGGCGCUGUGCAGCAGGAGCUGCGCGUCUCACACGCCGUCGAGGUGAUGACCCAGCACGUAGAAAACCUGCGCCACCUCUACGACCGCGAGCACGCCGAGCUCGAGGAGGCACGCCGCGUGCUCGCCUCGCACAAACUCGCCCUGCAGGAGCCCGGGGCGACCAAGGCGGGCCCUCCCGGCCGGCGACGAGCCUCCAUCGCCGUGUUCGCCGCGGGUAGAGGCAGUCCGAGCAACGGAGAAGCCCGGCCGCCGACGGUGGCUCCGCCCAGUGGCUCGCCGACGAACCAAUUGAUGCUGAAACGACGCAGAAACUCGGCCGAUGGAAAGAGUUUCGACUCGAUCACAGAGGAGAAGGAAGAGGAACGAGAGCAUGACGACACUGGAACGAAGCCGGAAACGGCGUCAGACGAGCUUUACAGACCGGACGAGGAUGAGCUGAGGUCACACGUGGAGUCAGCUGUUUCGGAUGAGCUGGCCUCUCUGCGCUCUGAACAGGAGCAAUUGGCCAAUGACCUGCGCACGCUGCUCUCCCGACAAACGGGAGCAGUCGUCGAACAGACCUCCAUCGCCGGCCGAGUGGUGUGGGACCUGGUGCGCGCGUGGCCCUACUCGCGGGAGGAGACGGCGCACCACCUGCGGUUCUGCUGCGGCGGCCUGUUCCUGGUGUUGGCAGUGCUGGUGCUACUGGUGCCACCCGCCUUCGGCCUGCGGGGACACCAGCGGGACGUCUAGGAUGGCCAGGAAUGGUCUAGGAUGGGCGCCCCGGCCCGAUAUACAUACAGAGACGGGGGAAGCGUCCGCUGGCGCCCCGCCCCGACUGGCCGGCGGCUCGACGGAGACCCUGCGGUCGGGGCCGUCACGUCGGCAGCGUGUUGUUUGUGUACUGCUUGUGUUGUAUUGAUGUAUUUAUCGCCCGAAUAAAUAUCGGCUUGUUAUGAG